AUGAAUCUCACAGAAGAGAAUCAAGAGGAGUCCUGUGUCCACUCCAACUUUUCCUGUUUAAGGACUUCAGCAACAGCAGCUGAUGUGCUGCUGUAUUUGUCUGUAGCAGUAGUUGUGACAGUGACGGUGUGUGGAAACCUGCUAGUGAUCAUCUCCAUCUGUCACUUCAAGAAUCUUCAGACACCAACUAAUUUUCUACUGCUCUCGCUGGCCAUGGCGGACUUUCUUGUUGGGGUUAUUGUGAUGCCCCUCUACUUUACUAUUAUGAUAGAUCCAAAAAGGUGCUUUGGUACAGUGGUUUGCACAAUUUUUAAUAUCGCAACAUUUCACCUUACAUGUGUGUCAAUUUAUAAUGUAUCUCUAAUUGCAGUGGACCGAUGUCUUGCUCUCUCAAACCCUUUUCACUACUCCAUGAAAAUGACUGUGAAUUUAACUUUGAAGAUAGUAACCAUACUGUGGAUGUGUUCAUUAAUAUACAAUUUGGUGCUUCUUUACUUCAAUGUAAAUAUUACGAACAUGAAAGUAAACAUCACAUGUAGUGAGUGUGUGGUCAUAGUUAAUAAAGUAUGGGCUAUUGUUGACUUCAUACUUGUUUUUUUGAUACCAUGCUCAAUGAUUAUAGUUAUAUACCUGAAAAUUUUUGCUAUUGCUAAAAGACAUGCAAGUAAAAUUAGGAGUGUCAGAAAAUGCCAGAAAACAAAUAUUGGUUCUGUGGUAUCUGAAAAGAAAGCAGCAAAAACCCUUGGAGUUCUAGUGGCAGUGUUCCUUCUGUGCUUAGUACCCUUCUAUGUAAGUGCCUUCCUUGAUGGAUAUAUCAGUAACAGGUCUGUACAACUUGCAGUUUCAGUUACAUUGACUAUAUUAUAUCUGAAUUCAUCCAUCAAUCCUAUUAUUUAUGCUCUGUUCUAUCCAUGGUUUCAGAGGUCUGUUAAACUCAUAUUUACACUUAAGAUAUGUGGCACAGAAUCUUCAGUCUUGAAUGUACUUGAACAGGAACCAUAA